AUGCUGAGCUCAUUGGCGUCCAUGCCAUCGCAGGUUGUGGCGAGAUCUGGUGAGCAGCUGCGCGGCAGCCUGCCUAUUUCCACCAAGAGGGAAGUGGACGAAGUCGAUUGGGAAGAAUCUGAGGAGAAAGAUGUGUUAGCGCGGCUUCCUUUGGACCAGCUGCUGAAGGACGACACAGAGUCAGUGGCAACAAAGAGUACUGACAUGUGA